AGGCCUCGGGUCUCUCCGACGGAUGGCGAGGCUCGUCAGUCGAGUGCGGAGCUCGAGCGCUGGAAGUUAUCCCACGCGCUCCUGUGAGCUUGUGAAGGCGUGAUUGUUGUGUAAAAUGACCGACACCUGACUCAGUGGCUCUGUUAGGAGCGUAUGGUGGGUGGUAGGCUGUGUAGGUGAGAAGGAAUUGUGAGCAAAGGAGCCGGACAGCCGGUGGUAUACCCGACAUCAUGACGACCAACAAGUUGGAUACAGACGAGGUGGCCAAAUUGGUGGACACCACUUAUAAGAAUAUCUUGGACAAGUUUAACCCGAGUGCCAGGCAGCUAAUCGCUGCGGGAAAGGCGUAUCUCAAAGCUCUGCAUGGCGCCUCGGCGGCCUCCAAGGCUUACCUGGAGGCUCUGAGCCGGCUGGGCAGCUGCGCUACGGAGUCGGCAUCACACGGCGCUUCAGAUAUCGGUGAAACGCUGAACGACAUCGUCCAAACCUACUCAGAAAUAAGAAACCAUGAACUGACACUGUUGAAGGCAUUCUACGUAGACCUGGUUGCGCCGAUGGAGACCAACAUAGAGAAGGACUGGAGAGUGGUUCAGGCGGAACACAAACGGUUUACGGCUCACUGGCGGACUCUGCAGGACAGCUUCGGUCGAGCUCAGGUUGGUGUGAAGAAGAGCCAGAAGAAGUUGAAGAACAGCAAGAGCAGCACAAUGCUGGACAAAGAAAUCAAACAGAUCCAGAGGUUCGACGAGGAAAAGAUCAAGUGCGAAAUGUUCCUCGAGAAGAGCCUCAAAGAUGUCAUGACCCAGGAAAGGCGGCGCUACGGGUUCGUACUGGAGCGGCAAUGUUCGCUGGCCAAGCACUUCCACGCCCUGCACAGAACGGGAGAGAGCUGUUUGGGUCCGAAAUUGGAGCAAUGGAAUCAGGUGGCCCAAACUAGGGAGAAGCUACGCUCCGAUAUGGACAACUACUUUGGAGGAGAGUCUUCCCAGUUUGAGUCAGCCUCCUCCAAGGACUGCAGCGCCAUGCUGAAGCGGAACCGCUCAGUGGACAGCAGCGUACUGACCUCACCCGACCAGUGCCGGCUGAUGAGGACCCGCUCCAACUACGAGUUACACUCGUCCACCAGCUCCUUACAUAUGAUGUCCGACCCUGUCGAACCGGAGGUACCCUCCGCCGGUCCCGUCCGACCCGCCUGGGACACUGACUCCAGCGACUCAGCAUCAGCCGGCUCCCACAGCGCCGAUAGACCGCUGGUCAGGGCGAUCUACGCCUACCUGAGCAGCGGCGAGCAUCAGCUCAGCUUCCAUCAGGGGGAUGUCAUCGCCUGUAUUGGGGAGCGGAACAAGGGCUGGCAGUUUGGCGAGAACGUACGGACCCGCCGGUGCGGCUGGUUCCCCGCUGCCUACACCGAGCCCGUGACCGACUCAGCCAGCUCACAGGGCUCAGAGUCCAGCGCCGAGGCGUCAGCCUCAGGCAGUCGGCCGCGUUCACUCACCGUCCGGCCGGAAGAGGCGCCACUGUCGCUCUCCACCUUCCGUCCGUCGCCGCCAGGGGCGCUACCUACGCCCAGCCGACGGCCUACCAGCGUGCAUGCCGAGCUGACCAGCCGACUGGCGGCAAGAAAGCUCAAACCUGCUGGUACAUCUGGACAGCUGCCUCCACCGCCACCGCCGCCGCCGCUGCCUCCAGAAAUGAAGCGCUCUCAGACUACACCGGUACUAAACGGACCAGCUGACACCAGCCUGCAUAGCUCCAAUGACUCAGGUUUUGGAGCGGACCAGCACCCUCCUGCGCCGGAACAGUUCUCCUCAGACCCGCGGUCGACCGCUGGAGGAGGUCUGCCUCAGACCCGCCAGGGCUGGCUUAUCUUCAGCCAAGGCGACGACACGGAGCUUCUUCGGCCCUACCUGGGGCCAUCCGGCAACAAGGGCGUCCAGUUUACGGAGGAGCCUUCUAGCGGAGGAGGCAGCCGCAGCGCGUCCCUACUCGACCACUUCGUCACCAUCGACCGCAAGGCUCGCCGGCGAGCGAGUCGAGCCCGGCUCGGCCGCAAGGCCUCUCUGCUGCGGGCGUUUCGUCCGACCCCCGACCAGCCCCUGAGUUCCGACGAGUUGUGGCGAACGCCGGAGGUGGAGCGGAGCGGGUGGUCCUCUCCGCCGGCCACCAUCCCCGAAGAGCCCUCCGAGCCGGGGCGCACCAGUCCUCGCUCACUCUCCGAGUCGGACCUGCUCGACCUGGACUCGGGAGACACGCUACUCCUGGUGCAGGACUACAGGGCGCUCACUGUGGCAGGAGUGGAGAGGAGAGCCACCAGGGGUGGGGAGAAGGAGAGGUCCAAACCCGGUCAGGGGGCGGAGAGAGAGGGACGACGUGGUACCGCGGUGUUCGCUGAGGAGCCUGCCGUGGAACAUCUCAGUCCGGAGGAGCCGGUGUCGCUACCGGUGGAGAGAGCCCCCUCUUCACGCCGCUCCCCGGCCGGGUCGUCGAUGUUCCGGGGCAUGGCCUGCCUCAAGUCUGCCGGCCGCGCGAGACGCUCCACAUCGACAGCUCCUCUCCAGUCGAUGACGAAUGUCAUCGGAGACGAUUCCGAGCCCGUCAGCCUUCCGGUCGACAUCCACGCGUGCGCCGCGCGUCGCCGCCGCGCCGUGGACGUCGCCCGUCGCCGCACAGUGGGAGCUCUCGUCAGUGAGAGACCCUCCGCCCUGGCGGUCAGCACCGCUCGAAAACACGACACCGUGUCCAUUUUCCAAACGGAUGCCGAGUACGAGGAGCUUCGCUAUGACGCCGCUCCGGCUCCGGCUCCGGCUCCGGUGUCGUCCGGAGCCGGACGCCGGAGAUCCGGCUCCUCAGAGCUCCGGCGGCACCACAGUGUGGCAGCUCCGUCUGUGAGUGAGAAGCUGCGUCAGUUCAACAUCGACUUGUUCAACUACGGCAGCUACUUGUCGAGGAGGCUGUACCUGCCGGAGAAGGACAGUAAACUGGAGGAGACUGAGGAGGGACAGCGGUGCGGGCCCUGGUACGACCUGUGGGCUGCCGACAGUAGCUGCCGGAAACAGGCUGAACACGGCGAGGCUGCGUCGGCCGCCAUCAACCAAUGACCGAUCAGCACCGCAGAUCACGUGAUCACUCGACCGGGCAAUCGCCUGGUCACGUGUCUCAGGCCACCAGCAACAACCAAUCAGCGCUCAGCAAUCGACGAUGAGCUGAAACAUGGCGAAAAACUGCUUAGAAUUUACUUGGACGUCUGCUCGGUUGGACUUAGCAUGCAAGAAUUAUACGGCAAUGAACAGUGAAAUCGGUUACGACGGUAGCUAAAUGCAGUACACCAACCAUGAAGUAACGGUGCAGCUACAACUACUACGCUGAUUUUUCAUUGAGUUGUAAUCGGAUGAACUACGUUCGAGUCCCCAAUGUGCGGUGCCCAGUUCUUUCGUUACUUUACGAGGGACCAGGAAGGUCCCUACGAUAUGCAGUUAAUGUUGUUGCACUGUAUGUUGUACCGCGUCAGGAUGGGUUGUGUGGGAGUUGGGGCGAUCUAGUUGGGUUACCGUUGACGUUUAAGCGAAUUCUUCUAGAUGUUAUGUGACACGGAAGCAAGUUUAUAUUUGUUUUUCGGAAAAUUGCCUCGCUAUCCCGUUGUAAUUAUCUGAUACUUGUUUAGGAUUACCAUAUUCAAUGCAUUUGCAAGUUAAAUUCCGCGAAUAAUUAAGCUGCUGCAAAUCCUACUCUGAGCUAUCAUUUCCAGCUCCACUCAGUCGCCUAUCAGUCACGUGACCCUUAUGCCGGGUCGGCUAUCCUCUAUGACACGACCACGUGACCCGUUAGGCAGGGUUGGAUGCCCGCUACACAGUGAACGUAUGUAACAUGGGGAAGACCCAUGGGUCUGCUAUCCAUGGUGAGGCGUUGUGUCUCUCUUGCUGGGCGUCACGACUGGACCCAGACUGACGAAUAUGGUAAAUGUGAACGCUAACCAAAAAUUUAGAUAGAACUCGUAUCGUUAUUUUUGCAAGUAUCCGUCGAUGUAGAAAUAAAACUGUUUGUGGAAUUGAUGAGAUGUGUGAUUGAGUUAAGUGUAGACUUUUGUAAAAAAUGGGUGAGUGAAUGUGAAAUAUAUACCUAUCUUAUUUGUA